UUCUUUUCAGGCGUGAAUUGAGAUUUCUCUUCAACCCAAAGACUUCUAACACCAUCCCUUACCUUAAAUUAUAUCACAGUUUUCUUUGAAUGAAUGAUUAUAACACAGUAAGGGGGGGAAACAUGUUGUAAAGUGACACUUCCGGGUUGCUUUACGUCGUUAGGUAUCCCAGAAUGCCUUGAGUACGGCAGCGAACCUGCCGCUUUGCCGCUCUGCCGCUUCUCGUUUACUAUGACUGGGAGCGGAUUUACUCGCGCGUCAGAUCGCUCUCAGUUGCAGCUCGCAGCCCCCCUCUGUUUCCGUGGAUGCUGAAAGAUCCCGCCCCCGAGGAGAAAUACAGCAAUCAGUGAUGGUUAUGGAUAAUGAUGGACAUCCCUGCAGCCAAUCAGAUUCAGACACCCAGUGAACCAUGGGCAGGCCAGAAUGGAUGGUCCCCAGCUUCACCUCAAGCAGCUCCAUACAGCACCCUGCCAAGCUUAAAGCAUCUUAACCUGGGUUCUCCUUCUGACCACAGAGCUUGUGUGGAGCACCUGCACCAACCCAGCCAGGGCUGUCAGAACGACAACACCUUUCCACUCAGAAACAACGCCUGUCACAGCGCGCCUCAGGCUUAUCAUGCUGAUCAGAGCGUGCAACAGAACUUUCUCGAUGCUCAUGUUUCACCCAUGGUUCCAUCUGCAUGUCAAGAACGGAUUAUACCUCCAUGCUCUCUCCCUCUUAGAAACGAAGGGAUUCAGCCGAGGAAGCCUUUCCAGAUGCCAUUUUAUUCCCCUUAUAGUCCCUACCAAGCAAUAUCUCCACCUUUUCAGCCCUCAUACACACAUCAGGAGUCACUGAAUGGACCUCAGUCACCUCGACAAAAACACCCAUCAUAUGGACAAUGUGUGGGCCAGGGUACACAGAUUUCACCUCAGCCUUCGUUUAACAGGGAGGCCUCUGCUGGGUACGUCCAUAAUCAAUCCACACCCACCUCUCCGAUCAAUCAGCAGCCUCAGUGGAUGCUUCAACAACACUCUGGAGGACACACAACACAAUUUGUUCCCAGUGAGGCUGUUCAGGACGGGAGCUUCACACCACAGUCUCCUAACUCAGAGUCUCGUUACGGCCUGGACCCAGAGCUCCUGCCCAGCGCUGUGAAGGUGCUUGCAGAGGACAGGGCAGAGUGGGAGGGCAAGCUCUUCGUAUCCGAGCCUUUUUCACGUCUUCCUCCUCUGGCGACCACGUCCUGUGUCGUGGAGGACCGGGGUAGUGCGAGUCCUUGUGCAAUCCGCGCUACCUCGUACUGUGUGCCCUGUGAAGGUCAGACUGCCCUGCUCAGCCGCCUGCCGAUGGGAGCUCUGGUCACCCCUCUGGCCAAACAAAAUGCUGGAGAGAAGCCUCUGCCAGUGGUGACAGAGUCAGAGUGUGUUAUGGGAUGUGGCUGGUGCGGCGCCUCCAUGUGCCCGGCGAUGAGCUGGCAGGACUGUGGUCAGAGGUUUUACUGUCCUUUCUGUGGUAAACUCAGUGAAGUGCCGUGGCAGCACUACCAGCCCACCAAGGGGGUGGAGGGGCUUCGGGUGGACAAAGACAAGAGGCCUGAGCUUAGUUUGGGGUCUUAUGAGAUCCUCAGCUCUCAGAAGGGUGAACCCGCUGCUCUGCUCCUCGCCAUCGACGUGUCUGCCUCAGCGCUAAGAGGAGGACAUCUGGAGUUCACAACACAACAAAUUCUCACUCUGCUCGCCUCUCUGAACAGGGAGGAUGGGGAGGACUCGUCAGACAUCCGUGUUGGCUUGAUGACGUAUGACAGCAGGAUCCACCUGUACGAUCUCAGCCCCACUCUGUCCCGCCCACACAUGCUGGUCAUCACAGAGACAGAGGAGCUGCAGCUUCCUGUGAGAGAGGGGCUCCUGGUGUCUCUGAAGGACUGUAUAGACGGCAUCGACAGUGUGUUGCAGCUGAUCCCUCAGUUUGGUCCAGAGUCUGAUGCCUCUGAUGGAGUUCCCAUGGAGCUGCCUGUCAAAGCAGGGCUGUCUGUGCUGCAGGCUCUGAACUGUCCUGGAAAGCUGCUGAUCUUCCACACUGCCCCUCUGAUAGAGACGGAUCACACAAACUCACCCUCAGGGUUUUUUGGCUCCAACAAACCAAAGUCCAUCUUUCAGCCGUCAGAGCCAGUCGUCUCAUUGGCCAAGCAGUGCGUCAGUCAGGGCUGCGGAGUUCACCUCUUCCUUCUCUCCCAGCAAGAUGUGGGCGGGGCUUGGCCUGGGCACAUUCCAUAUCUAACAGGCGGAGCUCUCCACACCUACAGCCACCUGCAGGGAGAACUGGACAGAGAGCGUUUCAGCACUGACCUGAAGAGCAUCACAGAGACAGACGGAGGCUUCAAGGCUGAGCUCAGGAUGUUUGUCAGCAAAGAUCUUCGUGUGUCCGGCUGUUAUGGACUUUAUAUCCCCGGGCAGACCCCCAGCCAGGUCAGCAUGGCGAGUCUUGAUGUGUUUACAACCCUGGCUGUGGAGCUAGCACACACCAGAGCUGUGGAUGAGACGAGAGGUGUAGCCAUCCAGACUGUUUUAUCUUACAGCACUCAGACAGGAGACAGACGGACCCGGGUCCACACUCUGACCCUGCGAUGCUCAAGACAUCUUCAGGACACUUUCCGGCAAUACCAGGCCCAAACACUGCUCACCUUCUUCUGCAAGAAAAUUUAUUGUGCAGUGUUGGAGCGCCCCCUACAGGAGCUAAGGGAGGAGCUGCAGACAGACGUAACGGAAGCUUUGGCGUCGUACCGCAAACACUGCUGCUCUGCGUCAGUGUCUGCUGGACAGCUCGUCCUCCCUCAGUACCUGCGAGCUCUUCCUGUUUACAUCAACAGUCUGAGGAAGAGCGAGGUGCUGCUGCCUGGCCUGAGGAGCUCCGUCCACCAGCGGCUGCAGCAGCGCUGUCAGGUGCUCAGCAUGGACACCUGCAGCACCUGCAGACACUUCUACCCUCUGCUGCUGUCUCUGCCGCUCUCAGUGGACAGCUCUGACCCUCCAGAUCCAGAGGAGGCUCUGCGCUGCUCUUCUGCCAGUUUGGAGCCCAGACGACUGUAUUUGGUUCAUGCACCCUUCACCCUGCUGCUCUGGGUGGGCACCGAAGUCCCAGCGAGCACCCUGGUGGAGCUCUUCAAUACCAGCUGCUUUGCCUCCCUGCCCUCUGGAGAGACCAAGCUGCCUUUUCUGGAGAACCCUCUGUCCAUCAGCGUUCAAUCCCUCAUCAGCAGACUGAACUCCCAGGCUCCCCGUGCCCGCAAGCUGUGGGUGGUGAAGCAAGGCGACACCUGUGAGGAGGCUCUGCAGCGCCACCUGGUGGAGGACAAGAGUCCCAACGGAGGAGCGUCCUAUGCAGACUUCCUCUACCAUCUCCACGUCAACUCUGUCCGGCUUUUGCAGUGACCUCACACACAAACACACACAAAUCAUAUAUCCUCUGACCUCUCUGGGCGGGGUCGGGGUUACCUUCCUCUUAAAGAUGACGUCGCAGCGUUCAGUAUUUACCUUGAAAAAAACAAAUGUAUGAUAACAGAAGCAUUACUCCCAAAUCCUGAAGUGGAAAUAUUUAAAGGCCUGAUGUCAGGCGGUGCAUGAGAGACUUUUCAAGAUGUUCAUGAUUUUAUUUAUUUGUUUAUUUAUUUAUUUAAUGACUGCUGUGAAAUGUGUGGCGUGAUGAAUGUGAUCUGUUCUGUAAAUGUGUGUAUGAUGUUUAUUUAUUGCCGUGUAUAUGUGUGAUGUCCACAGCACUCUGUGUGUGUGUGUGUGUGAGUGUGUGUGCAUCAUCGCCUGUAAAUAAAAUAAAGGUUUUAACUGAACCUUGAA